AUGGGUCUCCAACCAAUCUGCCCUGUGAAUGAGAUUGUUCGCGGAAAAUCUAUUGAAGAACUACCCAAGCUGAUUUUGGGUGGAGCAACGCUGAACACACAAUAUAAUGACGAUCCACAAUCUAUGCCAGUGAUAGAUAUGCUGAGGUAUGCUUUCCACCACGGGAUCAGAGCAAUCGAUACUUCUCCUUAUUAUGGAGAUAGUGAAUUGCUGUACGGAGCAGCAUUAGAGACGUUGCGUACGGAGUUCCCAAGAGAGUCCUAUUUCGUUUGCACGAAGGUUGGGAGGAUACGGCUUGAAGAAUUUGAUUACUCGAGGGCUGCUGUGCGGUCCAGUGUCUUGAGAUCUUGUCAAAGGCUGAAGACCACGUAUCUCGACUUAGUGUUUCUGCACGACGUGGAGUUUGUCGAAACCAGCCAGAUUCUCGAGGCUUUAAAAGAGCUGCGAAAGCUCAAAGACGAAGGAAUCAUUUACAACUUCGGGAUAAGUGGAUACCCAGUAGAUUUCUUGCUUUCGGUUGCUCUGCAGAGUUGUACAAACCGUGAGAUUGGGCCGUUGGAUUCAAUCUUGUCGUAUGCUAACCUGAAUUUGCAGAACUUGACCCUGCUGGAUUAUACCCAUCGCUUCAAAACUGAAGCGCAGGUAAAGACGGUUGAGAACGGCUCCAUCUUAAGCAUGUCGUUGUUGCGGUCCCAAGAAACCAAAUCUUUCCACCCGUGCUCUGCAAAGCUUCGAGACCUAUCCAACAAAGCUGCUCUAUAUGCAGCUUCUGAAGGAGAGGAUUUGGCAUGUUUGGCUACAAGGUACGCUUUCAGCAAGUGGGUUGGCGAAGGUCCUACGGUGCUUGGAGUGAGCGAUGUAGAUGAAUUGAGGACUGCCCUUCAGAGUUACUGGGAUGUGGUCAACAACAACGGCAAGCUGACGGCCGAAGAUGCACGCAUUGCCGGGCACAUCCAAAAAUCGAUCUUUGGCUCGCAUUUGAACGAAACUUGGAACUCAGGGAUCAGUCACUGA